ACCGACGGAAGCGGAAAUGACGUAUUUUUGUUAUGAAAGAGGGAAAUUUAAAAUCUCGACGGCGUUAAUUUAAAAUAAACACAAACCAGCGGAAUAAAUCCUCCCAAAACAACCCGAAAAUGACUGCAGCCUGACGCUCUGCACCUUUAAAAGGUCACAUCACAUAACAUGAAGAAGAAGGCGAGGAGGAGGUCUCAGGUCGCAGACGCCGGCAGCAACCAGGGGGAGCGCUGUGUUCUCUGCAGGCUCAGUGAUGAUGACCCUUCCAUGUUUGGGGAGAAAGUCACACUCAAAGAGCACAAGCUCUCCGUCCACUACUUCUGUUUGCUGACGUCUUGUGGAGUUUACCAGCGCGGAGAAGAGGAUGAGGGCGUCUUUGGUUUCCUGGUGGACGACAUCAAACAGGAGAUCCGCCGGUCGGCUCGACUGACGUGUUCCUGCUGUAAGAAGAAGGGAGCAUGUGUCGGCUGUAACGUUCGAAGUUGCAGGAAGAUGGCCCACUUCCCCUGCGGGAGGAAACAGAAGUUUAUCUCACAGUUUACUGGACUCUUCCCGUCGUACUGUUCGGAUCACAGUCCCUCUCAGUCUCUGUGUGUGGGUUCAGACCUCAGUCUGCCUCAGUCUUGCUCCAUCUGUUUGGACUCCAUUGAGCCCAUCCUCUGCUACUCCGUCCUCAAAUGUCCAUCCUGCCACGCCAGCUGGUUCCACAGGGACUGUGUGCAGCGUCAGGCCUACAGUGCCGGCCUCUUCUUCUUCAGAUGUACUCUCUGUAACAACAAGGAGAACUUCCAGGAAGAGAUGCUCAGGAUGGGAAUAUACAUCCCAGAGAGAGAUGCCUCAUGGGAGAUGGAGGCAAACGCAUAUUCAGAGCUGCUGCAGGUUUACAAUCGCUGUGACGCUCUCACCUGCCUCUGCAACGAGGGACGCACUCACUCCGCCAAGACUGGUUGGUUUGAGGUGAUUCGCUGCUGGCUGUGUGGAUCUGGCGGGACUCACAGAAAAUGUUCAGGGCUGAAGUUGGACACCAGCGACUGGGCAUGCAGCGACUGCACAAAGGCUACUGACGGGAAAGCUUCCCUGGUUUCAUCUCCUCAGGGGGGUCAGAGGAGGAGUCUGCUGUCCAAACGCCACCUGUCCCCCAUCCACUCCUCCAUCAGCUGUAAGAGACCAUCUGGUUCACCUGAGAAGUUCCUGCAGGCAUUGGCUCCUCAGCUCCGCCCCCUCCGUGUCCAGGUGGAGGUGAGCGGGGAUCAGGCUCUGUCUGCAGGUGUGGAGCUGGUGAGGAGGGCCGAUUUCGACCCCACACACACACUGUCUGUCAGGUUCAAAGACGAUCAGCAGACUGCAUUUCCCAGCAGUCUCCGGGACAGCGACGCAGCCAGGCAGUUCUUCCUGAAGCUGCUGAUUCAACAGAUCCAGGACUCUGUAGUGUUUGAGGGUCCAGAUGGAUACAAGAAUCUGGCACUGGACUCCCAGGCUCUGCGUGAGGACCUGUACUUCGAUGUCGGCUGCCUUCUGGCUCUCUCUCUGGUUCACGGCAGUCCUCCUGUGGGCUUCUUCUCUCACGCUCUCUACCAGUGUCUGUUCAACUACCCGCCCAACCGCCCGCUCACCGUCACACACAUGACCCCCAACACACACUUCACCUCGCUAGUCAGCAGGAUUGCAGAGGCGGAGUCUUUAGAGGAGCUGAAAGAACUCAUGGCGGCGAGUUGGGAGUACCUGGAGCUGGCCGGCUGCAACCGACCAAUAAGCAGCCUGAAGGAAAAAGAGGCUCUGGUGGAUGAUCUGGUCAGCUUCACUAUGAUCACCAGGAUGCAGCUGCCACUGCGGAGGUUUCGGGAGGGCUUGCAGACUUUGGGUGUCUUUGAUCAGGUGCAGCUCUUCCCGUCGGUGUUCUACAGUGUUUUCUGUGAAGCGGCUGAUCGGCUCACGGCUCAGACUGUCGGUCAGCUCUUUACCAUCAACUUCUCCCAGCAGGAGGAGAGACUGAACAAGGAGACGCCCGCCAUCACCUUCUGGAGACACUUCCUGUUGGAGUGUGAAGUUGGGAGGAGCUCUAUCUCGCUGCAGGACCUUCUUUGUUUCGCCACAGGAGCAGAGGAGCUCCCAGCAGCCGGCCUGCUCCCUUCUCCCUCCAUCUCUUUCCUCCAUCCCUCUGGGGCUGAGGAGGAGGAGGGUGGAGCAGGAGAGAGGGAGACAGUCAGACCAGGGAGGGGAGCGUGGAGGGACAGUGGGCUCUUCCCUCAGAGCGAGCCUGCCUCCAAACACCUCCUCCUGCCUGUCACCACCUCCUACCAAGCCUUCAAAAGCUCCAUGGAGCAGGCCGUCAGCCACUAUAUGCACCUCCUCCCCAGUUAGAUGAGGAGAGAGGAGAACUGGUUGGGGUCAGAAAAACAGCAGAAAGUGCUUUCUGCAAUUAACGAUCCAGACUUUAAAAAAAAAAAAAAGUUAUGUAAUGUUAUUGAUUGGCCCUUUGCUAAGACCCGACCUACUCCUCCAUUGUUAGUUUAUCAUAGAUAUAGAAAUAUGUCAUUUCAAAAUUGGAAAAAUUUAGGGAUAUUCAAUAUCAUGCUAACAGGGGCUAAAGCUAACAGGUCCCAAAUGCAGAAGCAGAUGAUCCAUGUAGAAUAUAUAGAAAUAAAGAAACAGCAUUGUUCUGUGGUGUAGAUCUUCUUAGUGUUACAGAACAAUAUUAUAAUUAAAAUGUAAUUUGUUGAAACAUAACCCCGUAUGGAUACUUAUAGAAAACAUACAUGAACAAACAACACAGUAGUUAAGAAUAAUUGGUGAGUUUGGCAAAUGUAACACUAUUUAUUAUAAAUCUGUUUGGAUUUCCAAUCCAAUAAAAACAAAGAUGACCAGCUGAUAUUGGCCCAACUCUGAUCUGAGCUUCUUAGCUGGACACGCUAACGUUAGCCAUGUUUCCUCUUCUGUUUUUGGUUUUGGGAACUCUUUCUAUACCGAGAGUUUCUCUUACUACAGCCCAAUGCACACAGCUCCCAAAGCUUGUCACGCCUAGCUACGUUUGCUAAUUUACGAUUGGACAAUGGCUGUUUGGAGGCGGGGUUUAGCAGACGUUCAAUUUCAUCUGUUGAAUACAUUUUCAGUUUAUCAAUUUUGUCUUUAAAGCUGCUGCGAAAAGUCCAUCUGACGUCUUCAAACGUUCCAAACCCAAAGAGAUUCUGUUUACUUUGAUAUAAAACUGAGAAAAACAGAAAAUCCUCACCCCAGACACCAGAGAAUUGUUGGUGUUUCUGCUUGAUAAAUGACUCUUAAAUAAUGAAUUGAUUAUCAAACUUGUUAGCAAUUACAUUUCAACAAUUUGAAAUCCAUACUAAAUUAGAAAGUUUAUGUAUAAGCCAUUUAUUAUAUGUUUCUAUACCAGGAAGGUUUUUAUUUUAUUUUAGAUGGAGUAGUGUCGGAUGAUGUGACGAUGUAUACCGUGAUAAAUUCUGAAUAUCUAUCAGAGAUUUCUUUAUACCAGUUAUACCAAUGUAGCUAUGUUAUACUUCUGCAUAGUUUUCAUAUAUUUGAUUCAUAUGUUAUGUUCAAACCCCCAAAAAACACCUCACAAAUACAUAGUUUCAUAUUUAAAAAGGAGUCAGUUAUUCCCUAAAACAGCUGCUCACUGUAGUGUUUAUCAAACAAACAGGAGAUGUGUGUCUUUAAUAGUUUUUGGACAACAACAGUGGAGCUCUAUUGAGGAAGACGAAAUAUCAGGCUGUGAUACACACACGUUUGACGAGCAGAAAAAUAUAUCGCCAGAUUCAAACUUUAUGUUGUCAGAUUAGCCAGCUGGUUAUUUUAUCCAGGUUUACAUCACAUCCAUCCAUCAUUGAUAAGAAACACAUCAUGUUUAAAACUGAUUAAAAGAAGAAAUGUUCAAUUCAUAAACCACAUCCACUCCGACCGUCCGUACCUGUACCUUUGGUGAACACGGACGGUUCAGGUAUCGUGUCGCUCACUAAUGAAGCUGAUGAGUAAAAUAUUUUCAUAACCCAUAACUGCAGGUAGCAUUACAUUUAAAGUCUUUAAAUUAGCCUUUUUAAAACUUUUUUUCUUGUCUCUUUCCUUAAACAACAGGAUUUAUGAAAAAAGUAAAAAAAAAAAAAACAAUGGUGCUGAUUUUAUAACUUUGCCUUCAAGUGUCAGAUUCUUGUACAUAGUUUAUUUCUUUAAGCUUUUAAUGAUGCUGAGAGUUUCUUGUUUGUUGUGUUCUUUUUUUCUUUUCUUUUUUUGGUUUUCUGGCUUCAGUAAAGAGCCUCGUCCAAAGUUAAGGCGACACUUACAAACUUUUGUGUUUGGUCAAGUCAUGUUUUAUCAAAAGUUAAUUUGCUUCAUAAAUUUACAGGAACCCCAUAAUGUGUCCCCUCAAGCUAUGUAAAUUUCUCAAUUAAGUUGCAAAUUCAGGGGUUCUUCUUAAGGUUCUGGUUGAUGGAUUGAUAGUGAUUGUGUCCAUUAAACCCUUAUAAUCCUAUUAUGAAGUUAUGUAAUUACAUCAUUAUUAAAAUCAAAUCUGACCAAACAUUCAGCCGUGAUUUCACACUCUCUUUUCACUAACACUUUUAGUCACAGGUGCAGACACUAUGCAUGGUCAGUUUUAUGAUUAAUUAUUUUGGGUUUAUAAUUUUACAGUAUCUUUUUUUUUCUGUUCAGUUACUGUUUCAGAUUUAUGAGUAUGUGAAUUUCUGUUGUUUUACACACAUACAUUUUUUCUUUUUUUUUUCUUGUCUGUUUCCUUUAACUUUCUUGUUAUUUAUCCGUUUUGUGUUUCCUUCCUGUUUGCUGCAUGUUUGUGCUCCUUUUUUACAUCUUUUAUCUUUGUUCUUUGUGAAUUAUAAAGACAGAAACAAA